CCCGGUGAAAGCCGAUUAGGACGUGUUCUCCACUGGGUGGAUGUUCGUGGCACCCGUAUCCAGUGGAGGGCUUCCCCGCGUGGCGACGCCUCUGGCUCUUGACUCUGGAGCAGGUUUCACUCUGUGGCUGCAUCAUGGGCUCCGCGUAGUGCGCACUGCACUCACUGCUAUGACUUUCUACGACAAAAUGGAUCAACUUUUACGCGCGCCUUGGCACCGCUGAGCGUUCCGUUUCUCUGGAAAAGGUUUCCAGUCUGUUCCUGUGAACAUGGAGCCACAGUGAGGGAUCCCAGCUCUGUCCUCUUUCCUCCUGUGAAAAGCAAGAUGCAGAAGAGCGUCCGUUAUAACGAAGGCCACGCGCUGUUUCUGUCCGCGGUGGCGCGUAAAGAGGGCACGAAGCGGGGCUAUCUGACCAAGAAAACAACAGAGAACAGUCGCUGGCAUGAAAAGUUUUUUGCCCUUUACCAAAACCUACUUUUCUACUUUGAGGGCGAACAGAGCGCACGACCCGCCGGGAUUUAUCUUUUGGAAGGAUGCACCUGCGAGCGCACCCCAGCACCCAAGAUGUCCUCCACAGGAAAAGAGUUAAUGGACAAACAGCACUACUUCCAGAUUGUUUUCGGACAUGACGGUCAGAAACCCCUGGAGCUGCGAACAGAGGAGGAGAAUGAGUGCGACGAAUGGGUGGAGGCGAUUCAGCAGGCCAGUUACUCUGACAUCAUCAUUGAACGCGAGGUCCUGAUGCAGAAAUACAUCCACCUGGUUCAAAUAGUGGAGACGGAAAAGGUAGCGGCCAAUCAACUGCGGACCCAGUUGGAGGACCAGGACACGGAGAUUGAGAGGCUUAAAUCUGAGAUUGUAGCUUUGAACAAAACCAAGGAACGGAUGCGCCCGUACCACGUCCCUCACAAUAAUGAAGACCCAGAUAUUAAAAAGAUCAAAAAGGUGCAAAGUUUUAUGCGAGGCUGGCUCUGUCGAAGGAAGUGGAAGAUCAUUGUACAAGAUUAUAUCUGCUCCCCUCACGCCGAGAGCAUGAGGAAACGUAACCAGAUUGUGUUUAACAUGGUGGAGGCAGAGACGGAGUACGUGCACCAGCUGUACAUCCUCGUCAACUGUUUCCUUCGGCCUUUGAGAAUGGCCGCCAGCUCCAAGAAGCCGCCCAUCAGCCACGACGACGUGAGCAGCAUUUUCCUCAACAGCGAGACCAUCAUGUUCUUACACGAGAUCUUCCACCAAGGACUCAAGGCGCGGAUCGCCAACUGGCCCACCCUAGUGCUGGCGGACCUCUUUGACAUCCUGCUGCCGAUGCUGAACAUUUACCAGGAGUUUGUGCGUAACCACCACUGUCAUUGA